UUGUGAAACAUGUCUGGAAGAGGCAAAGGCGGUAAGGGACUCGGUAAAGGAGGCGCUAAGCGUCACCGUAAAGUUUUGCGCGAUAACAUCCAGGGAAUCACCAAACCCGCCAUUCGUCGUCUGGCUCGCCGCGGCGGCGUCAAGCGCAUCUCCGGUCUGAUCUACGAGGAGACCCGCGGAGUGUUGAAGGUGUUUUUGGAGAACGUGAUCCGCGAUGCCGUCACCUACACCGAGCACGCCAAGAGAAAGACCGUCACCGCCAUGGAUGUUGUGUACGCGCUGAAGAGACAGGGACGCACCCUGUACGGCUUCGGGGGAUAAACGCCUGAAACCAGAAUAAACACAAACCCAAAGGCUCUUUUAAGAGCCACGCACUCUGACACAUAAAGAGUCUUUCCACAACGAUGUUAAAGAUAGAUGCUGGUCUACCGUCUUGAAUUGAAAGUAAACUAUACAAUUAUAAAAGGAAGAAAGAUCA